UCAAUUUUCAUUUGUUUUAAUCUUGAUCUAGUGUUGUUCCUUUUUUUUUUUAAGAAAACAUUCAUUCAUUCAUUAAUUCCCUUAAAAGUGUUGUUUCUCUAUUUUUUUUUUUGCAUUCACAAUAUAGUUAAUGGAGUAACUCACAACCCCAAGCAUCUCAUACCCUUUUCUAGGGUUUAUUGUCAAUAGAGGUGAGAAAUUGAUUGGAUUGGUGGAUUGGAUUGAUAGAUCCAUGAAUGUUUCUCUAUUGUUUUUUUAUUUUUUGCAUUCACAAUAUAGUCAAUGGAAUAACUCACAACCCCAAGCAUCUCAUACCUUUUUCUAGGGUUAUUGUCAAUAGAGGUGGCAAAUGGAUUGGAUUGGUAGAUUCAUGGAUCAAAUAAUUUGCAUCCAAUGGAUUGGUGAAUUCAUGAAUUGGAUGAAGUCGAUUGGUGGAUUAUCCAUGAAUCCAAAUGACAUCCUCAACCUUGGACCAAUAUGUAAAAUGUGAAAAGUUUAGGUACUAAAAUAUCAUAAUGAAAAUUUUAGGCACCAAAGUGUAAAAUAUAAAAAUUACAGGUACUAAACUAUAAUUUGCCAAUGAAUACACCAAUCCAAUUGGAUUUUCAUAAAAUGAAAAUAUUUUUUUGUGUUGUUCAUAACCUGCUUAUUGAACUAACCAACUAGAAAAGCUUAAGUCUUGCUCCUCAUGGUAUUCUGUUUUUUGCUCAUCUCAUCUGCUACAUGAAAUGAUGAAGAAAUCUUUUAAGACCUAUCAUCAUAUAUUUGAAUUCAUAGACCAAGUGGGUCAAGCUUGCAUCUUUACAUGGUUGAUCAACUUUUGGGUAGCCCGUCAAGUUGACCAUUUGAUAGGGUCUUGGAUCAAGCUAAUGAUAUUAUGAAUGGUCUUUUGCCAUCGCUUGAUAAAUUUAGACUUUUAGAAGACAAGCUUUAGUUGUGACUUAAGAUGGAUGGAUAUUAGAAAAACCGGAAGAUAUUCUUCAGUUGGUAUUUGAUUCAUUUAUCAUAUGGUUAUGCAAUUAUUCCAUAACCUUUCGUUGCCUAUUCCAAUGGCCUUUCUUAGAGCAUUGUGCAAGUUCUCUCCUUUUCGGCCGGUGACAAUUUGAUUUCAUAUACUCGUAUCGUAUGCAAACACACAUGUAUCACAAAGCGCAGCGAGCGAGUCCUAUCUAGUUGUGACUUGUGAUAGAUAUAAGGAUGAAUGGGCUUGCCCUAAUGAAAAUGAUCCAUCCGAGGUGGUCAAACAUAGAAGUAGGAGAACCUUAUCUUAAUACAACAGAAAUAAAGGGACUAAAUGAGUAAAUGUCUAAAACAAGGCCGACUAAGAAACGGAAAAGUUUACUUCCCCUAAACGCAGUCCGACUAGGAAUCGGAAAACCUUCGCCGGUAUUUAUUUACAACGAAGCCUCCUCUCACUUCAAACAACAGAGCUUCUUUAGGAAACAUGGCCGCAAAAAUUUGCUCCGAUGCGCAAGAAGCAGCGUUGAGUCUUAUCUCAGAAAUCAAGCGUCGGGUUACCGGCGAGAAGUACGUCCGGUUCAUAAACGCGUUGCAGCGGCACCGCCCCGGCGGCGGCCGCCAGCCGGAGUCACUGACGGAAACGAUGAUGAUAGUGGAGGAUAUUCUGGAAGGGCAGGGAGACUUGAUGCAGAAGUUUUACCGGGUGGUUUAUGGCUCUCCGAUUGACGUCGAAAGGGAGGAAGGAUGCAAGGCGGCCGUCGAUUUUAUCAACCGGAUUGGGACGCGCAACCGAGGGUUGCAGAAAACGGUGCUCAAGCUCUUCGAUUCGUACAACAGAAACUCGAUCGGGGAAGACGACCUCCGCCUCGAAGUGGUGGAGUUGCUGAAACGGAACCCGGAUGUGCUCGACGGGAUCGGUAGGUUUCUCCCCGUCACCGAAGCUGCGCCGAUCUCCGUCGUCGUCCCGCAAGGAGAAAAACCCUAUUCGAGGAAGAUUGGGGAUCGCGGCGAUCAGGAGGCGACGGUGGAAGAACAUAGGGUUUCAAAGAGGGCUAAACCCGUAAACGGAAAUAGUCUCCAGAGGGAAGAAAUCUCCGAAUUAAUUUUUGAAAAUCGGGAGAAGUUCCCGCCGUCGACCUUGUACCGCUACAGCACCGGCGGCGACGAUUUUCGCGAGGAAAUCAGUAGGUCGCUGUCCCAAUUGAUUCCGCCGGCUGCUGCCGCCGCCGUCGUGGAAGAGAAAGAAGAACGACGAGUUGCCAACAGAGAAAGGGAAAAGGAAUGGGCGAAAUCCCUAAUCUCUAGAUCCAAGAGGCUGACCCCGAGCUACCUGCCGCUGCCACCGGAGACAAAAUCGAAAUCGAAAUCAUCGUCGCCGUCGAUUCUGAACACCAGCUGCGUGUCGGCGGCGGCGGAGGAGUGCGAUUUCGCAGUGGGAGCAGAGAGGAGGCGGCGGCUGAGGGUGGAUCUGAGGGAGGAGAAGCUGAACAGGAUGGAAGACGACCUGUACGAGGCGGAUAUGGCGAAGAGGUAUCUGAUGUCCAUGGUGGAGUACGUGGAGGAGAGCGAGAGAGGGGAUGAGAGGAAGGAGUUCCGCUUCAAGAACUGCGUGGAAGCGAUGUACGGCGGAGCCGUGGAGCUGCCGAAGAGGAAGGAGGAUCGGGAGUCGUUGGAUCGGGCCGUGAAGACCCGGUUGUAUCAGAAGAUUGGCGAGUUGAGCGUGCAACGGUUGAAGAUGACUGCUAAAGCAUAUCUCUAGCUCGCUUCUGUGUGUGUAGUAGUUUCUUCUGAGACUUGUGUAUUCGAUUGCAAUGGCAAAGUAGAAAUUCAGUUUGGACGAGGAAUUCCAAUGGAACAAUCUGAAACAAUUGUCUCGUUUUGAGUCAAUUGUGCUAGAUUGAUUCAUUUGAGAGCAGAAAAUUUGAAUGAAGCAAUUUGAGCUGGGGAAUUCUGAAUGAGUCAAUUACAAUUGUAUGAGGUGGGGGCAAGUAAUAUGAAUUGACUCGUUUUAAAUGACCCUUUUUGUAAAAUGAAAUAAUUGAUCUGAA